AUUCGAGGUUCAGGAGAAGAAGAGACACGAAAGGAAGCAGAGGAAGGGAGAAAGAUACAUGCUGCCUUUGGGACCCAAGCUUCUGCUGUGCCUCAUUGCACUCUUCAUCCCCUGUGAUUGGAUUCUACUGGGAGUUAAUGGUCAGCGAGGAGAUGAGACAACUCAAGAGACAUUUACAGAUGAUCCUAAUCUGGUGGUGAAUGAUCCCCCAACAGAUGACACAGUUCUUGUUGAUGUUGUGCCUUCCAUAGAUGAUCAGGCCAUCUCCAGUGACAAAAACACCAGUGCAGAGUGCCGGGAGGAGCAGUUUCCCUGUACUCGCCUGUACACAGUGCGUCGGCCAGUGAAACAGUGCAUCCAUCAAGUAUGCAUCGUCAAUUUCCGCCGGACAUAUAUGAUCAAUAAGGAAAUCUGUUCCAGGCUCAUCUGUAAAGAACAUGAGGUUAUGAAAGAUGAACUUUGCCGUCAGAUAGCUGGUCUUCCUCCAAGACGUCUCCAACGUUCCAACUACUUCCGUCUCCCUGUUUGUGAAGAUGUGGAAGUGGAGAGGCCCAAUGGCCUGUGAUCAGUGAAGAAGAAGAAUGGAAAAGGGGGCAAGAGGGAGGAAAAGGAGCCAUUUUUUUUUCCUAGGUCAGCUCACCCAUAGACAUCAUGAUGUUUUUAUCAGGUUCCUCUGCCCUCUCCCAUGGCCUCUGACCCAAACUGCCCUUGUUGGGCUCUUUCUUCAGCACUUCAAGCGGUGCUGCCAAUCUGUAACGUCACUGUAUAAUAGGGAUGCCUAAUGACUACAUAGCUGACCUGGAUUCCAGGAUGGUGGGAUGUUAAGUAGAUGACAUAUAGGGAGGGAAUCUAUUCUUGGCAAUCUAGAGGAUUUUGUAUAACAUAUUGCUUUCAAAGAACCCUAGAAACCUUGUUUCCCUUACUAGCUCCCCUUCAUCUAUACAUCUGUCCUUACUCCUCUUUUGACUUGUCUAUAGUACUAGCUAAGGUUUUAGCAUUUGCCUAUUAAACCCUCUCUAGGGGGAAAAUGAUGGUGCUUUCCAACAUCUGGUGUUCUUCUCAGAGAACAAUAGUUCCUCUGAGAAUAUUUAAACAAAACCUAAGACUUUUUAAAAACUUGGGUCUGGGUCUGAGGACCAAACCAAAUAAGGGCCUAGGACCUCUCUCCUAUGAUCAGAUCUGACAAUGUAGCUGGAAGUCAGGUAUCAUUUAGUGACUCAUUCAUUCACACAUUAAUUCAUUCAUUCAGUUAAGCAUUUAAUGAUUAUUUUAUUGACUUUUCAUGUAACAGGGAAUCCCAUUAAUCCAAAAAGCUCUAAUUGGAAUAAAUGAGUCAUUUCUAAUUA